GAGCCGCCACGCUAUUGUCCUGGCUGGGAAGGCGGGGCCGGCGCGGGGCGGGGCUGGCGGCGCCGGCGCAGCCCGGGGGCGGCGGGAGGAGGAGGCGGCGGCGGCGGCGGCGGCGGCGGUGGCGCUGGGAGCUCCUGUCACCGCUGGGGCCGGUCAGGGCCGGGCGGGAGCACAGGGGACGUGAGGGCCCGAGGCCCGGACAUGGGGCCCGCCAGCCCCGCCGCUCGCGGACAGGGUCGCCGCCGGGGCCCGCCGCCGCUGCGGCUGUUGCUGCCACUGUCGCUGCUGCUUCUGCGCGCGCAGCUCACCGUCGGGAACCUGGCUGGUGGGAGCCCCAGCGCGGCCGAGGCUCCAGGAUCGGCCCAAGUGGCUGGACUAUGUGGGCGUCUAACCCUUCACCGGGACCUGCGCACCGGCCGCUGGGAACCAGAUCCACAGCGAUCACGACGCUGUCUUCUGGACCCGCAGCGCGUGCUGGAGUACUGCAGACAGAUGUACCCAGAGCUGCACAUAGCACGUGUGGAGCAGGCUACACAGGCCAUCCCGAUGGAGCGCUGGUGUGGGGGUACCCGAAGUGGCAAAUGUGCCCACCCCCACCAUGAGGUUGUGCCCUUCCAUUGCCUGCCUGGCGAGUUUGUGAGUGAAGCCCUGCUAGUGCCCGAAGGCUGUCGGUUCUUGCACCAGGAGCAUAUGGACCAGUGUGAGAGUUCAACCAGGAGGCAUCAAGAGGCUCAGGAGGCCUGCAGCUCUCAGGGCCUCAUCCUGCAUGGCUCUGGCAUGCUUUUGCCCUGUGGCUCUGAUCGGUUCCGAGGUGUGGAAUAUGUAUGCUGUCCACCUCCGGCAACUCCCAACCCAUCUGGGAUGGCAGUUGGUGACCCCUCUACCCGGUCCUGGCCCCUGGGGGGCAGAACAGAGGGAGGUGAGGAUGAAGAGGAGGUGGAAUCUUUCCCUCAGCCAGUAGACGAUUACUUCGUAGAGCCCCCUCAGGCUGAAGAAGAAGAAGAGGAGGAGGAGGAGGAAAGGGCCCCACCUCCCAGCUCCCACACCCCUGUCAUGGUCAGCAGAGUCACUCCCACCCCAAGGCCCACUGAUGGUGUGGAUGUUUACUUUGGCAUGCCUGGGGAAAUCAGCGAGCACGAGGGUUUCCUGAGGGCCAAGAUGGACCUGGAGGAGCGCAGGAUGCGGCAGAUUAAUGAGGUGAUGCGUGAAUGGGCCAUGGCUGACAGCCAAUCUAAGAACCUGCCAAAAGCCGACAGGCAGGCCCUGAAUGAGCACUUCCAGUCCAUACUGCAAACCUUGGAAGAACAAGUAUCUGGUGAGCGACAGCGCCUCGUGGAGACCCACGCCACCAGAGUCAUCGCUCUGAUCAACGACCAGCGCCGAGCCGCCCUGGAAGGUUUCCUGGCAGCGUUACAGGGCGAUCCACCUCAGGCUGAGCGAGUUCUGAUGGCUCUGAGACGCUACCUGCGUGCAGAGCAGAAGGAGCAGAGGCACACCCUGAGGCACUACCAGCAUGUGGCCGCUGUGGACCCAGAGAAGGCCCAGCAGAUGCGCUUUCAGGUCCAGACCCACCUUCAGGUGAUUGAAGAGCGAAUGAAUCAGAGCCUGGGGCUGCUCGACCAGAACCCUCACCUGGCUCAGGAGCUGCGGCCCCAGAUCCAGGAGCUUCUCCAGGCUGAACACUUGGGUCCCAGUGAACUGGAAGCCUCUGUGCCCGGGAGCAGCAGUGAGGACAAAGGUAGCCUUCAGCCUCCCGAAUCCAAGGAUGAUCCCCCAGUGACCCUUCCAAAAGGGUCCACAGAUCAAGAUUCUUCCUCCUCUGGGAGAGAGAAGCUAACCCCACUGGAGCAGUAUGAACAAAAGGUGAACGCAUCUGCCCCAAGGGGGUUUCCCUUCCACUCGUCAGAUAUCCAGCGGGAUGAAUUGGCGCCCGCCGGGACUGGAGUGUCCCGAGAGGCCUUGUCAGGUCUGCUGAUCAUGGGAGCUGGAGGAGGCUCCCUCAUUGUCCUAUCCUUGCUGCUUCUGCGCAAGAAGAAACCCUACGGGACUAUCAGCCAUGGAGUGGUGGAGGUGGACCCCAUGCUGACCCUGGAGGAACAGCAGCUCCGGGAACUUCAGAGGCAUGGCUAUGAGAACCCCACCUACCGCUUCCUGGAAGAACGACCUUGACCCCAACCCUAGCUGCCUUCAGCUGAGCCCUACUGCCCUUCUUCCGGUCCCCCAAUCCCAACACCCAGCUUCCGGUGGGGGAGGGAGAUCUUGACAAAUUCAUUCUUGUUUCCCUUUCCAAGUUCCAAAUUCCACUCCCUUAGAAAUUCCCAGCUCCUGCCCCACAAGGGACCUCCUCACCUUAAUUUAUUUUACUGUUAAUUUAUUGCUCCUUAAGGUGACCACCACCUGGGUCCCAGUGUAUGUCACUCCCUGGAAUUCACCAUCCCACCACCAUCUUCACUAACAUCCCAAUAAAGUCCUCUUCCCCACCCGGCCA